UCCCAGUACCGUCUCAUUUUCUGUCCCAUUUUUCUUAAAUUAGAGAUUAGAGAUUGGGGGAUCAGAGAUUCCGGGGAGCAGUGCCAUGGAAAUUCAAAGGGCUGACAUUGGCGCUGGAUCGGAUAGCGAUAGUAAUGCGAGUUAUUUCGAAUUGCAAAGGAACACAAUGCCGGAUGACCCGAAUAUCCUGCGCAUUGCGAUCAUGGCAGAUCCCGAGGUAACGCUCGGUUUUCUACUGGCAGGCGUUGGUUAUCAAAAGGAUAGAUUCCGCAACUAUAUGAUGGUGGAAAGCGAAACAUUGCAGGAGGACGUAGAGCAGUUUUUUCUUACUGUCUACAGGAAGCCCCACAUAGGCAUCAUCAUUUUGGAUUACGACACGAACCUUCGACUUCGAACUGUUUUACAGCGAUGCCAUCAAAUGCUCCCCAUUCUGAUCACCGUGCCCAACAAGUCCUCACUGACCACCUACCUGGAAAAGGACCGCAGCAGAAGACUUCGCCAAAGGGAUGCCUACUAGGAUAUGAAAGAAUCUGGACUUAAAGGGUAUAAACACCUCCCCCUCUACUCUCAUAAAAUGUAUAAAAAUAAAGCUUUGUGUACCAUA